UCCAGGGAAAUCGCUGGGUCGUUAGUUUACAGGGAAUCUCUCGCUCUGAACGGCCGGUCAGAAGUUUCUAACGUUUCUUGCAGCCCACUGUGCAACGAUGUAUAAGGUGGACAUUCAGGCCGACCUGAGAGAGGCGGCUGCCGUUGAAGCCCGCCGGAACCGGGAGAAGCAGAGACAGAGCCGCAUCUUCAAUGCUCGCUACCGUACAAUGGGGGUGGACAUAGAAGGCUUGAAGAGGCAAGUGGAAGAGCGCAAACUGAGAGAGAAUACAGAGAAGCGACGAGAAGAAGCCUUUGAUGCAGACAGGGUGCAGUGUGACAAGGUUGCCCAGAUGUUAGAGGAAGAGGAGCACCAGCGGAAGAAACAGUUAUGCCAGGAUCUGGUGGAGUUCCGUGAGCGGGAGCAGCAGCCUUCUAAGCGGCGGGAAUGGGAUAUCCAUGACCCUGAGGCGGUACGCAAAGGGCAGCCGGCCCGUGUGAGUGAUGAUGACCCACGCUGCGGCCCUUCUAGCAUGCAGUGCUUUGCUGGUGAGGAUCUGAACUUCGUUGCCCGCCAAAAACUGCAGAAGGAGCACAACAAGCUUGUGCUGGAGGAGCAGAGAAAUGAACUGAAUAAGAAACUCGCUGAUCAACAAUAUGCGGAUAAUCUGGAAGGCAAAAAAAGGAUAGAGCUGGAUUUGCGAGCCCAGGAGCUGGCACAAUUAGAGGAAGAAUGUCGCAGGGCUAAAGCCAUGGCCUUGGCAGAUUUUAACCGAGCCCAGGCUGCAGAGGUUGCGGAGCAGCAACAUGUAUCCCAGCAGCGUGAGCAAGAUGAUAACUAUGCUGAGAUCCACAACCAUCUGACUGGCAAUCUCCUGUUGGAAGACCCUAGCGUUGCUAAAAGCUUGUUGGGGUCACACCGUGUGAUAACUGACCGCUGGAAGGGGAUGAGCCCUGAGCAGCUGCAGGCUGUGUGGCAAAUGCAGAAAAAACAAUGCCGAGAAAACCAGAGACUUCGGCAACUGGAAAGGCAACGGGAUGCUGAGUGGGACAGACAGAGGGAACUGGCAGCUCGUGCAGCCAUGCAGAUGGAGGAGCAAGAACAGGAUUUCCGUGAGCAACUGAAGAAGAGCCUGGACGAUUACAACCGAGAAUUGGCUGAUGCACAGAAAUCCAACUUGAAGUAUCUGGAGAAAGAAGUCUACACCAAUGCACCUACAGCCCACUAUUAUUUACAAUUUAAUACUAGCAGCCGUUGA